AUGUUUAAAACAAUUACUGGAGCAAUAUUUAAAUCUUCCUUAGCAGUCUUUCCUACUCGUACUAGCCUUUUAGCUCUCUCUAACAUUUCACAACGAGGGUAUGCCUGCAAAACGAUAUAUCUUUCUAAUGUUCCUUACACCUCUAACGAACAAGGACUUGAAGAACUAGGCUCAAGAUAUGGUAAAGUUGAAUCUGUUCGUCUGCCAAGGGAUUACGAAGGCAGGAGUCGCGGUUAUGGUUUUAUUGAAUUUUCUCAAGAAGAAGAAGCUGCAAGAGCUAUGGAAGAACUCAACGGUUUCCAAUUUGAAGGUAGGGAACUAAGAGUAGCCGAAGCUCGUGGCGGGUCUAAUGGUCCUCGCGGUGGAGGAGGUUUUGGUGGUUCUUCACGUGGUGGCUUCGGGGGAAGAUUUGUUGAUAAUGACAGAUUUGAUAGGUUUGACCGUGGUGGUCACUAG